AUGGAUUCUUCAUCUAGCUCGCGCAUUGCCUCCAAUUCCAUACCAUGUCAUGGACCUUCACGCCGCACACCAGCAUCGUCCGUCUUGUGGGCUCACCUGCUGAGAAAAGACACAUUGGCCGCACCGCCGAGCUCAGACAUACCUCUACCACCUAUUGCGCCAACCGACAGGACAGGGACGUCACUACGAAUUCUCCUUCAUGAUACCCAAGCGCAUUUUGAAAAGUUUUCUGAACGAGUGGAGAAGCUUACGAAGGGUGUAGACGAAGCGAAGCAGGAACUGGGUCUGACGAGGGCGCUCUUCCAACGAGAGCACGAAGAGCUGACAAAUGAAAUGUAUAACUUGGUCAACCGAUGCCAGACCGAGAUUCAGAAAACGGCUGGGCGCCCCGCACAGGCCGAAAGAAUGGAGGAGUUUUGUAAAGGUGUGCAACUGAGGCUGGAUGGUCUGGAUAAGCGCAUAGAUACUAUACAGUUGGUGAGUCGACGAACCGUUGCGCUGUUAAUGUUUUUCUAA